UUCACCAGUACGGAAGCUUUUCGCUCCACGAGAGUUAACAGGAGUUGAUAGUGAAGAAUAUACAAACUUUUCACUGUAUUUCAUGUUUUUUAGGAAUAUGACUCGCACCGGUUUUAUAGAGUGAUGCAUGCUACGUUAUGCUUUUAUUUUCCUGCCCCUUGAGCUGAACGAGGCCAUUUUAAAGUGCCAUUCACUGUUUGGACAAGCUGUCAAUCACUGCUCUGGUUAUAGAUUUUUCACAAAAUAACUCCUCUCACAUGCUGAGGAGUAUUUUGCUCAACUAGAGUCUGAUCAAAGGAUGCUCCUAUGGCUAAACUAAUAGUAGCAUAUGCCCUGUGGGCAGUAGGAGGCCCUUUGGGUCUGCACCAUCUGUACCUACGGAGGGACAGCCAUGCUCUCCUAUGGAUGCUCACUCUGGGCGGCUUUGGGGUCGGCUGGCUCCGGGAGUUCUUCCGCAUCCCGUCCUACGUAAGUGAAGCCAACCAGGAGGCAGAAAAAGCUAGACGCCCCUCCACCACCCUCCCAUCAGUGGGCUUGGUUCGGUUUGCUGGCCAGAUUUGUGUGGGUAUCUACUUUGGCUCAGUGGCUCUGAUCAGUCUCAACACUCUGAGCUUCUUCUACCUGAUUGUGCUCCCACUGAGUGUGGGGGCAGGCGUCCAUCUGGUGUCCUGCAUCGGUCAGCAGACUUCUGACCUCCAGAAGACCCUCACUGCAUGUAUCAUCACCUCGUCCAUAUUCUACGGCAGCAAACUGUCCCCUCUGCCCAUCAGCAUAGCGGCCAGUGUCACAGCAGCACAGCACAGAAGGUUCAAACCCCCUCGAAAAGCAGGAAGCCCACCAGAGCCACUUGGGCCUCGUCUGUAUUGCCUGAGUUUGGCUGUGUUGGCGUUCUCAGCUCCUCUGGGAUACAGUAUUUUUCUCAACACCACAGCCACUUUGUACUACAUAUCGGAUUGUGUGGCAGCAAUCCUUGACAUGUUUUGGUUCUUUCCCUGGCUCAGAGGGGUUAUGGAGUACUUUCUGCUGCUGCCAUACCAGAUCCUGUGCACUCUGACAGGAGGGAGUUACUAUGAGGACAGCUGGAGGAAGGUGCUAGAAAUACUUCUGAAUGAGUACAGCAAAAGAGAAAUGGAUGCCAUGAAGUUGCUGGCAGUCUCUGAGGGGGCCACACUGGAGGAAAUAACCCACAGCUACAGAGAGCUUGUUAAAUUAUGGCAUCCGGACCACAACCCCAAGCAGCAAGAAGAGGCACAACAGAUGUUCAUUCGAAUCCAAGAGGCAUAUGAGACACUGAUAAACAGGCAUAAGCCUCAGAAAAGAAAGUAAUUUUCUACUUAAACAGCAUUUUUAUGUAUGUGUCAGGUCCCAACAGGUGCAGGAUGCUUUGAACAUGGAAUUAUAAUGAACUGGAUUGCUUUAAUAAUUAAUACAUCUGGAGCAUGAUGUUUUAAUGAUGUUAUGUUAAACACAUUGGCAAUAAUUAUUAUUUAAUAACA